GACCGCUAUCUCCGCCGAAUCUGAUUAUUUGCUCAUCGUUCUCUCCUACGGCGUUUCGGCGGAAACUUGACCAUGACAUAAAACUUAUCAGAUAAUAUCCUACUCAUUGCAUUAUCAUUUCCCUUUUGAUACCCAGAUAUGCACAAGCAUGCUGACUAGACGUAGAGCAAAUGAGGGUUCUUUGACAAGAGCUGUAUCAAGUUGAGGUCUGACAGAUGUAAGCGCUUGAAACUUGGCCCAAUGGGCAAGCGUUUGUUGGGUGUGGAAUGCAAUUUCGAAUGUUCUACAAGAUACUGCAGCGGUCUUGAUAAGUUUUCGUUAAAGUUUCGUCGUGAUUCAUCGGCGGGGGUAUUGCAGAAUAUGUCAGCGCAUAUACCGACUAUCCUACGUGAUUGGGGUGGGAUUUAAGCCGUCUCCGUUACACUAAUUCCGCAAGGCGGUCGUUGAAAGGGGGGGAUAAGCUCCAAUACCCGAGUGUGAGUGAGUCUGGGCGAGAUGAGAUGGCUUUGUAUAAAGGGAUCCCGUGUUUGCUAUUAUGAAAGAAGUCAAUUUUGAGGAUUAACCGGGUUGCCUUUUAUACUUUCUCAUUACUUCUUCAAAUUUUGAUUGCCAUUGCUCUGCGGCUGCGUAUGGUACUGUUGUGUAUUAUACUUUGAUAAAAACAAUACAACACAGAGAUAUCGAUGUCUCAAGACGGCCAAACAAAGAUGGGAACCUCAAGGCCAACGACAUUAGUCUCUGAUACCGAAUUUGAAAAGAGUACUGCACCUUCGAUUAGCAAUUCGAUAUCGAGAGAUAAAAAGAACAGCACAGAUGGUGCAGAUUUAGAAAGUGGAGAGGUAAAGAACAAUGGCCAGGGGGAAGAUGGUGUGGAGUAUCCAAAUGCUCUCGCAAUGGUGAUGAUAGUGAUUGCUUUAUCACUCAGUAUCUUUCUUGUCUCUCUGGACAUGACGAUUGUGGCUACAGCAAUUCCAAAAAUCACCGACCAGUUCCACGGCUUAGACCUUGUCGGCUGGUAUGGUUCUGCAUUUUUUCUCACAGUCGGUUCCUUUCAAUCAACAUGGGGAAAGGCCUACAAAUAUUUUCCACUAAAGAUAACCUUCCUCACUGCCAUAUUCAUCUUCGAACUCGGGAGUUUGAUUUGCGGUGUCGCUCCAAAUAGUACCGCGUUGAUAGUAGGCCGAGCCAUUGCUGGACUUGGUGGCGCUGGAAUUGCCUCGGGAGCAUAUACAAUCAUAGCAUUCGCAGCACCUCCAUCCCAGCGCGCAGCUUAUACAGGUAUUUUAGGUGCAUCUUAUGGAGUGGCAUCUGUAGUAGGGCCACUUCUUGGAGGUGUCUUUGCAGAUAAGUUGACAUGGCGUUGGUGUUUCUACAUUAAUUUGCCAAUUGGUGGACUCGCAGGGGCUAUCAUCUUAUUUUUGUUUACUACACCUAAAAAUGCAGUACCAACUCCUGCCACCCUUAAGGAGAAAAUCCUACAAAUGGAUUUCCCUGGAACAUUUACAAUCAUGGCCAGUCUCGUCUGUUUCUUCCUGGCUCUUCAAUGGGGUGGCCAGACGAAAGCCUGGAAAUCUGCCGAUGUCAUCGGUACUCUCGUCGGUUUCGUUCUUCUCCUCACCCUCUUUAUUGUAAUCCAAUAUUUCCAAGGCGAGCGUGGAAUCAUUGUCGGUCGUUUGUUGAAAGAGCGUACAGUCUCUAUAGGAAUGGUAUAUGUAUUCUUUCUCUGCGGUGGAUGGUUCCUUUUACUGUACUAUCUACCCUAUUACUUCCAAGUCGUCUCUGGAGUUUCGGCUUCUCAAUCUGGUGUGCGAAAUCUGCCUAUGAUUAUCGGUACUACUAUCGCAACCAUUGUUUCUGGAGGAUUGAUAUCUGCAUUUGGCUAUUUCGUUCCAUUCAUGAUUAUCGGCGCAGCCGGCGCAACAAUAGGUUGCGGGCUCCUCUACACACUCGGCAUCGAUUCCAGCUCCGCACAAUGGAUAGGCUACCAAGCUCUCGCGGGUCUCUCCACCGGAUUCGUUUUCCAAAUCCCCGUCAUCUCGGCCCAAGCCACCGUGUCCCAAGCCGAUCUCUCUUCCGCGACAGCCAUGGUGUUGUUCCUCCAAACCAUCGGUGGUGCAUUCUUCAUCUCCAUCGCCGAAGCCGCAUUCGCAAACCGUAUCUUGCACGUUCUUCCGCACUACGCACCUUCGGUAUCUCCAGCCCGAGUCUUAUCGGUAGGGGUUAGCGAAUUGAGAAAUGUGUUUGGAAAAGAGGGAGAGUUGAUCGAGGGCAUCAUAGAGAGUUAUUUACAGGGACUAAAAGUUACAUAUGCGCUAGCGAUUACCUGUUGCGGAAUCGCAAUGUUUGUGGCUUUGGGAAGUCACUGGCCGUGGAAGAAUUUGAAAGGAAAAGCAUCGAUGGGUGGUGCUGCCUAGUUUGGGAGUUUGCGAGUAGAUUGCUGGCAGGGGAGUACUUUACUUACGAAAGGGAAUUCAUAUGGGGUUAAUAGACGAAUUUAUGACGAGGACUGGGAAAUAUAGAAUUGGAGAUCGACUUGGACA